GGAACCGAUAAACCAAAUACAGCCCAGAAGGGAAAAGCAUGUAAGCGUCAGGAACUGAAAAAAACCCUAAACGAUUCUCUCUUACAAAACAAAGAACCACUUCAAGCAAGUCAAGAAAUUCGGUCUCUUCGCUACUUCCAAGUUCCAAGUGUGUAGUAGCAGCGGACUAUGGCGGCAGAAAGUUCUAGAUCGUCAAGUUCGACGGCCGAUUCGUAUAUUGGAAGCUUGAUUAGCUUGACUUCCAAGAGUGAAAUCAGAUACGAGGGCAUUUUGUAUAACAUCAACACUGAAGAAUCCUCAAUCGGAUUGCGUAAUGUAAGAUCAUUUGGAACCGAAGGGCGAAAAAAGGAUGGUCCCCAACUCAUGCCCAGCGACAAGGUUUAUGAAUACAUAUUGUUUCGCGGAAGUGACAUCAAGGAUCUUCAGGUGAAAUCAUCUUUGCCUGUUCAGCCAAUACAACAGAUAAACAGUGAUCCUGCCAUUAUUCAGUCACACUAUCCUCGGCCUCCUCCAACAUCUUCAAGCUUGCCUGCUGCUGCUAGUAACUCCUUGCCUGAUCCUAGCAUCCAUAAUGCACAACUAGGACAUCCUGGAUCAACUUUGCAAGGUGUAUUGCCUUUAUAUCAGCCUGGUGGGAAUCUGGGGUCUUGGGGACCUAUGCCACCUCCUCCAAAUGCAAAUAGUAGCGGGCUUGCAAUGCCAAUGUAUUGGCCAGGGUUUUAUGCCCCACCAAGUGGGAUUCCCCAGUUGCAUCAACAGUCACUGUUACGACCACCCCAUGGGCUAUCAGUGCCUCCUCUGCAGCAACCUAUGCAUUAUCCCACUUAUAAUGCAUCCUUGCCAGGUGGAGCUCCAAGCCUGCCUGCCUCAAACAUGCCUGAAUAUCCAUCUCAUUUAUCGAUGACAUCUAUGAAUUCAGCCAAUAUAGCCUCUACCGCUUCACUGGGAUCAACCCUGCCUUCCAGUCUCCCUCCUGGACCACCUUCAGUAUCAGCUACUGAUACCUUGCCAUCUCUAAUGCAAAAUAAGCCUUCUAACUCUGUCGUUCCGACAGCACCACUAAGUGGUAGCUUGCAAUCAUUGUCUCUGUUGAAUACUACUGAUGUAAAUGUUACUGUACCUCCCAUCUCUAACAAGCCUAAUGUGCCUUCUGAAGCACAUUUGCGUUAUACGGGCAUGCCCUAUCCUAUCGCAUCUGUCACUGGGUCUAAUGCUGUCCCAGCUGAAUCGCCCAUGCCAUCACUUGUAACUCCAGGACAGCUGCUUCAGUCUGGGCAAACCGCAGUUGUUUCAUCUCAAUUCACACAAGCUGUUCACAAGGAUGUGGAAGUUGUUCAAGUUCCAACGCCAUCAUCAGAACCAUCUGCUCCUCUUCCAGUUCCAGUUCCAACAGAAGCUCAGCCUCCAAUAUUGCCUUUACCACCUCAAUCUCGGAUCCUCCCAAAGACAAACGGAGCUCCUUACCAGAACCGUCAGGGUCACAAUUACAGAGGACGCGAGAGAGGCAGAGGAUCUGGGAUCCAGGGAUCACGACCCGUGAUGAAAUUCACUGAGGAGUUCGAUUUUAAUGCAAUGAAUGAGAAAUUCAACAAGGAUGAAAUUUGGGGAACCUUAGGAAAAGGUAACAGAUCCAGCCCAAAGGAGAACGACGGAAUUGCUAGUGAUGAGGAUGAAUAUGAAGAUGAAAAUGAUGCUGAUCUACCAAAAUUGGAUGCCAAGGCUGUUUAUAGCAAGGAUGACUUUUUUGAUACGUUAUCUUGCAAUUCCCUUGGCAAUCAAUCAAAUAACGGAAGGACUAGGUUCUCUGAGCAGAUGAAACUAGAUACAGAGACAUUUGGUGAAUUCUCUAGAUACCGAGGGGGUAGGGGAUACCGAGGAGGUCGUUCACGAGGAGGAGGGGGUUAUUAUGGGAGAGGAGGAUACAACAGCAGCUAUGGUGGGAGGGGCCGUGGUGGGAGAACGCCAAAUCCAACUCGUGAUUACUGAUGUUCUUGUGUUGUAGAUUAUACUAAAUGGCUGGCUGGCUGGCUGGUUGUGAAAGGCAUGGAAUGGUGGUGUUUGAUUUGAAUUUUGAAAAUAAAGUUAGGAUUAUUAUUAUUAUGUAUGUAGGAGCUGUGUUCAGUUACCUAUAUAUUAUAUAUUUCUCCCCGUCUUUGGAACCAGGUGAUUGUGGUGGAGCUGUUUGUAGACUAAGCUGUUUAUUGUCUUCUUUUUCAA